AUGUUUGAAAUGAACACUACGGUCACUCUGCCUUCCACACUGACGCCUCUUCCGACCCACCCACCGCUGCUGAUUAGGAGUCGUUACCUCACCAAAGAUGGCCGACUGCUAGUGGACAAACCUCAGAACGAGUCGGCUGUCCUUCUCCAAGCCACGAACCUGGUACCGGAAGAAGCCGUGAAAAAGGCAGCCAGUACGAUGCGGGUCAUGGUGAGGCACAUGCCUGAUGUCCUUUUUGCCGAGGUGGCCCGCAAAAAAGGGGUCCGUCUGUUCCCCAAAGGUCACGGGCUUGUGGUCUACCCGGAUAUGGCCAGUCACGUGGACACACCCGAGUGCAAAGGAACCUGUGCAGGAUCUUGUGGCAAAACAUGUGUAGGUGGUACCCGGAAGUUCCAGAAUAUCGGCGGUCUGACGGCUGGGUACUCGUACAUUGUCGACAGUAACGUGCUGUGCAAAAAUGACGGGUUUCGCGGGCUGUUUAACGCUGUUGGACACGAGUUCGCUCACCUCAUCAUGUUUCAUCUCCCUCGAUACUGGAAACAGAGGAUUCACGAGGCGUAUACCAACGACCACGCCAAACAGGCCUGGAGCAUGCACUCUUACCUCAUGUCCAAUCAGAAUGAGUAUUGGGCGGAAGCAUCCGGCGCCUUCUUCAUGUUCAGCCAUUUGUUGGGUACUUCCGGUGGUAUGAAUAGAUGUGGUCUUGGUGGAAAGACUCUGUGCCCAUCAGUAACCGCCGCUCGUGAAUUCAUCCACCAGAAAGACCCAGACCUGUACGCCAUAUUGGACUAUGUUUAUACGGGGAACAGUCCUGUGAAAGACGACGGCAUCAGACCCUGUAUGUAGUGAAACGGCUACACUGGGGCACAUUGAAUUGAGUAUUUGAUGAAUACAGAUUAUAUAUACUGGCGUUUCUCUCCUCAAACUUCCAGA